AUGAAAGGUUCAAUCCCUGAAUCUCUGUUUCGCAUCCCACAUUUGGAUACUGUUUGGCUCGAUGUGAAUGAACUUAAUGGUUCGAUCCCAUUGAAUGUUGCCAACAUGAGUGAGGUUUCAUCUCUUUGGCUAUAUGGUAAUCAAUUAUCAGGCACCAUUUCUUCCUCCAUAGGAAAUUGUACCAAAUUGGUAGAACUUUACUUGAAUGAUAAUCAAUUUGUUGGGGAUUUACCGGAGAGUUUGACUAAUCUUAAGGAGCUAAUGUACCUUGAUGUUAGUAAUAAUAGUCUAGAGGGUACUAUUCAAUUGGGUUUGGGUAGUUUCAAGCAAAUGGACACUUUGGUCUUGUCUUUUAACUAUUUCAGUAGUGGUAUUCCACCAGGGUUGGGAAAUUGUAGUAGCUUAACUCAAGUUGUCGUUUUUAACUCAUCAUUCACAAGAACAUCUAUAAUUCUUGGAAUGGAAUUGGGCCCUCACAAAAUGAUGGUGGGAACUGCUAGUAGUGGUAAGGCUUUAAGGUGUGGAUUGUGGGAUAGAUAUGUUAUCCAGGUUCUUAAUGAGGAAAAGAUAUUGGUGUUGUUUGUAUGGUUGUGGGUGUGCAUUUUUGGCUUUGAUUUUGACUCAAAUGGUUGCUAUAUUUGA